AUUUUCACAAUCAUCUUAACCAUUAAAAAUUAGACGUUGCUAAUAGAUUCAACCAAAGUCAAUUUUGAAGCAUCCCUUCUUAUACUUUUAGCAUCUUCUUAGGGAUUCAGAAGCUGUUAAAAGUAUUUGAUAAAUCUGCGCCAAAUAUGGCGAGGUAGAUACAUACAAUCCCGUCGAGAGUUUCCGCAGUUUCCGGCAAGUUUCCGGCAAGUCAUCGCGCGCGGCAAAGAGUGAGAACAAGGCCGUAUAAGAGUGAGAAGUUUCUUUCGGCAAUUCAGGAAAGGUUCCCUGAGCAGCAGCCAUGUUCCGUAACCAGUACGACAACGACGUGACGGUAUGGAGCCCGCAGGGCCGGCUGCACCAGGUCGAGUACGCCAUGGAGGCGGUGAAGCAGGGCGCCGCCACCGUCGGCCUCAAGUGCCGCACGCACGCCGUGCUGGUGGCGCUGAAGCGCGCCUCCUCCGAACUGUCCGCUCACCAGAAGAAGAUCAUGCCGAUCGACGGGCACGUGGGCGUGUCGAUCGCCGGUCUGACGGCCGACGCGCGCAUCCUCAGCCGCUGGAUGCGCACAGAGUGUCUGAACGCGCAGUACGCGCACGACCGGCCGCUGCCCGUCAGCCGGCUCAUCAGCGACCUCGGCAACAAGAUGCAGGUGUGCACGCAGCGCGACGGCAGCCGGCCGUACGGCGUCGGCCUGCUGGUGGCCGGCUACGACGAGUCCGGGCCGCACAUCUACCAGACCUGCCCGUCGGCCAACUACUUCGACUGCAAGGCGAUGGCGAUCGGCGCCCGCUCACAGUCGGCGCGUACGUACCUGGAGAAACACCUGGCCGAGUUCCCCGACUGCACCUGGCAGGAGAUCGUCACGCACGCGCUGCUCGCGCUGCGCGACACGCUGCCCAACGACAUGGACCUCACCACCAAGAACUGCACGGUGGCCGUCGUCGGCAAGGGCAUGGAGUUCACCAUCCACGAGGACGAGGAGGUGGCGCCCUUCCUGGCCAAGCUGGAGGGCAUCCAGCGCCGCGGCGGCCACGGCGCCGCCCCGGCCGCCGAGCCGGCGCCGCUGCGCGACGAGCCGGCUCCUGAGGAGCGCGAGCCGCGACCCGACUCGCCGCAGACCAUGGAGCACUGAGGCCGGCAGGGUGACGUCCCCGCGGCCCGUGACCCGCCGACCCGCCGGGCGUCCUGCCGGGACGCCAGCCGCGGCCCGCCGCCGCCGCCGGGCGGGGACGGCCGCCCGCCGCUCCCGCCCGGCUCUCCGCUACUGACACUACUGCUGCUAACGGCCGGCGCACUGAUUCCUCCUUUUCCCGGCCGCAGCCUCGCCGCCAGCUCUCCCGUUUAUCUCUGAGUUAUAUUCAAUAAAUAAUCCGCAAUGAAACA